AUGUUUGACGAGGGAGAAGCACGAAGUCUAAUGCAACGCCAUGCUGCCAAAUUCCUUUUAUGUUCCAAAACAAGAGGUAUGCUCACCCAGAGUGCCGUGGACUUGGUCAAAGAUUCAGCGAAAAAUCUACUAACUGAGUAUUUGGACAUAGUCAAAAAAUCGCUUGUCGAAAAGAUAAACAGUAAUCCUGGUCAAGAAUUGCAAUUUGACCAAGAUGUGGAAAAGUUAUUUUCAGCAGAGAGUGUCUUCGACGGAGUUGAUUCAGAAUACCAACAAAGAUCAUAUUUUAAGCGUCAUUUCAAUUUGGUGGCACUUCUUCAAAACCCAGAUGUUUUAAAGGAAGUUGAAAAUCCACAUUUUUCAUGUGAUGGUGUUCUUCGAGAUGUAAUGGAUGGGGAUUUUUUCAAGAGUCAUCCAGUAUUCUCCCUCCACAGUGAUGCCCUGCAGCUGUUGGGCUAUUAUGAUGAUCUAGAAAUAGCCAAUCCUUUAGGUUCAAAAGCAAAGAUUCAUAAAAUUGGUGUCUUUUACUUUGUGCUGGGCAAUAUAAGGCCAAUGUUUAGAUCAAGCAUCCGCAGUAUACAACUUAUAGCUAUUGCUAAAACAAAAGACAUCAAGUCAUUUGGGAUCGAUAAUCUUUUGAUGCCAUUCAUUGAGGAUGUCAAUUGUUUGGCGAAGGUAUUUUUACUUUAUGCAUUACAGUAUUGUGAUCUGUUAUUGUGGACUGGAGAUACACUUGGUAGCAACUAUGUCAGUGGUUUCAAGGAAGGUGUUGGAGGAGCAUUGCGAAUUUGUAGGCAUUGUAUGGGAACAAGACUGGAGACCAACAAUAAGUUUUUAUCUGAAGACUUUUCAGAAAGAGAUUUGGAUAAUCACAGACAAAUAUGUGCAUGUAUUGAAGAUGAAGAUAAUGCAUUAAACAUCCGUGAACAACUUUCCACAACCUAUGGGGUAAACAGAUUAAGUGUGUUGGAUAAGGUGCAACAUUUUGAUGUUUGCAUUUGCAUUCCUGAAGAUAUAAUGCAUAUAUUUUUGGAUGGCUUGGUACCCUAUGAAACAAAGUUGAUGCUGAAGUAUCUGAUUGAUGAAAGCAGAUGUAUCACACUCAAAGAGUUAAAUCGGAGGAUUGAAAACUUUGAUUAUGGAUACAUGAACAAAAAGAAUAAGCCAACUGCAACUAACAGGGAAACAAUCAAUGGUGUCACUGAAGCUAAGCUUAAACAAUCAGCAUCUCAAAUGUGGUGUUUAUUCAGGUUCUUGCCAAUCAUGAUUGGUGAUAAAGUGGAUGAGCAACUGGAAAACUGGCAUUGUUUGCUGAAACUUUGGAAUAUUGUUCAAAUUUGUACUUCUCCAGGAAUAACAAAGGCUGAUGCUGCCUAUUUGAAAGUUAUGAUUAAUGAUCAUCACAAAAUGUUCAAAAAUCUCUACCCUAAUGCAUCCAUAAUUCCAAAAAUGCAUUAUCUUAUACAUAUACCUGAUGAAAUUGUUAGGUUUGGGCCACCUAGAAAUAUCUGGACCAUGAGAUUUGAGGCUAAACACAGUUUCCUGAAAAGUUCAAUUACCAAGAACUUUAAAAAUGUCCCAAAUCACUUGCAUUUUCCCAUCAAAGAAUGUGAACAUGUGCUGGAACCUUCUGAGUUCUCCAAGCAGCCCUUGACUAAUUACCUGUAUAGUGGUGAUGUUGUUGGAUUAGGCGAUCACAAUGUUGAUUUGCACAGCUAUCCAUAUUUUGGCAUGAUAGCUCAAGCUGCUAGUGUUGAUCAACUGGCACAGCCAUGUAAAGGAAGCAG